UUUCAAACGACACCCGGUAUCACACCUUCCGAAAGUUCUAACAUAUAUAAGUAUGUAUGUCGGUCCGUAUCCUCUUUCCCCCCUUUCGCAAUAAUGUCCUCGUGGACCCCAGUUUGUCAUGUGCGCUGGAGGUGUCAGAAGAGACUCCUAUUGAAGAUGUCAUCUUCCAGUUGCAUCAGCAACUGACCACCGCAUACAACGAGCUCAUCAAGCCUUUUUCCUCGAACAAAUUAGGACCACUUGAUCUUCUCAUAGCUGUUGACGGGGACAUGGAUCGACAAAAACCCGUCUCAACACUCUCAAUCCCGCAAUCGGGCAAACCCCUCACCAUGCAUUUCAGCAUUCCGCAAAGUCAUACAUUCCGCGUGGUUUUCAACAAGAACGAGGAAAAUUUGGCGCAGUUGGAGGAAAACAAGGUGCAGACAUUGUCAAAGUCUUCUCGACGCAAACGAAAAAAAGUGGCGAGCGGGUCAGCGGUCGACAAUAAUGCCUCGCUGCUCAAGGAGAUGGAUCGCAUGCUCGAUGAACUUACGGGCCAGAUAAAUGACCGUAAAGCUUCAAUGACUAAACAGAACAACGAGCAAGCCAAGCGGAUCAAAGACCUUGCAGAAUUAUUGGCUGCAAAUGCAGAACUAUCGGCUUCAGUCCAAAAGAUGAACGCCACCCUGCAGCACCAUUCCACCAUGCUGGAUGCUCUGCAUCGUCGGGUCAUACUCGAUGACGCACGUGCGCUCAUAGCCGAUCGCUACGGUUUUCCCGUAAAUGAACUUUGGUCGGCGCAGGAAGGGGUGGAAUCUCUUGUAUAUUCACCUGCGGGUGACAUAAUCGCAUCAGGCGGGUUCAAUACAAUUUGCAUCUGGAAUGCGAAGACCGGCGAGCCUGUCGUUGCCCCCACCAAAGACCUGUGAUAUCUCGCACACCGUCGUUUCAACUUGACCGCCGUCAGUGUGGUUCCGCGCAUGAUUCACUCAGCGCAAGAAAGGAAGGGAUUAUCCUCCCGACAAUGCGCAGAGCCCACCGUUUUAUGAUCGCACUCUCCCCACCCACAUAGAUAGCACAGAUAGUCGAGACCUCUGGGAACAACUAAUGCAGGGCCCAGGCUGGAGGCAAAAAUCUCACGUUCGGUUUCCUGCAUUCCAGCACUCCACCUGUAACAUACUUACUGAUGGGCCUUUAUAAUAUCCGCCAUACGUGUCUGACGAGCCACUCACAAUCACUCGAGUCAUGAUAAUGCUUCGCAAGCGCCAUCAUCAAACU